GCUAACUGGCACUGGGACGUAUAACAGUUAUCUUGGGUUUCUGGCGUUAAAAAAAAGAUUGUUUGGCAAAUGCCGGGGCGUCGAAACAAACGAAUGGGGAUGUGCUUACCGUGCCUUGGUGGAGCGGUCGAGGACGCUGUGGACACUCCAGAUCCAGAGACGAGGAGGCGACAGUUGGCUGCAGCGGCAGAGAAGAGACAAACCGAGACCGCACACAGGGGUGUCAAAAACCCGGCAGCUGUUGAAAGGAAAAGAAAAAAGCAAGAAGAGAUUGAGAAACAGGAGAUAAGUACGUCUGUGUCUGGCGGCGGAGGUGGCGGGUUGAGAUGGCAGGUGGGCUGAAGACGGGCGAAAAAGGUCCAAAACAACACAAAAGGUUGCUGCAAGAUGUUUUGAACUGCUGUCUGCAUCAUUAUUAUUUAUGGUUUUUAGUUAGAGAUAAGCAGCUUCAAGUGCCUAAUGCUGAUCAGAUAGAUGCAAUUGGAGCAGGAGCACCCAAACUUGCAGCCUUGUUGCCAAGUUCUUUAAACUUGCUGCAUGAUUCCAGUGGGUCUCGGUAUGUGCUAUGAAGGCAAAAACUCCUCAACAUCACAACACUUAGCAUGUAGUACCUUGUAGUAGUAGUACACAAAGGUCAUAAUACUUCCAUAAAGAGCAUUAUUGUAUAUUUUUGUGUUUUUCCCCCCUCAAAUGUUGCCUCAGUAAUGAAACGACAAGUUCCAAUCGCAUGAUUCCCAUCAUCAUUGUCCAUCCUUUUACUUAGAGCACAUUUUCACUUUGUUGCAGUGACUUUCAUGUAUGCAAACCACCUGCUUAAUUUAAAAUAUGAUCUGCAUUGCCACAUGUACACUUCUUUUUUAUGCAUGGCUGUGAGGGCACACUUGAUUAAUAAGAAAACAGCAAUGUAUCGGUUGGCAUGAAGAGAUGAUGGUGAUGAAUUGAAGGAUUUUUAAUGAAGGUAUUAACUUUUGACAACACUAAAGUGUACAGCUUUAACUUGAUCUGUAACAAUUAUGCCAAUAUUAUUUGCUGCAAUAAAUCACAUUUCUGAUAUAA